GACCUGAGUUGCUACCAGGCAGGGCCUGAGGUCCCAUCGUACCGUUUGAUGACCUUGGUGAUUGUACAAUCAUUUAUGCCUGUGGGUCAAAGGUUGCCGGGACGUCCCACUGUCUAACAGUCCUAACAAAACAAAAUGGAGGUCGAGAUUGAAGGUAAGAGUAAGAGACACCAGAAGAAGGUGACGAGAUACGUGACGAUAGCUGCAGUUAUUGGCGUGGUGCUGGUGGCCGCCAUUGCACUGAUGGUGUACUUCCUGGUACCCCCAGUAACGAUCGCCGAGUUCCCGACUGACGGCAGCCCUUUGGAAUAUUUCAAGUUUGACAGGCAGGACGCCAUUCAGGUCACGUGGUCACACGGAGCCAAUAGCAAGGCUCAGCUGGCAAAGGCAUUAGCAAGUGACGUACACAUGCUGGAGGCAGACAUCUUGUUACGUGGACAAGGUACGCAUGCGCAGACGGACAUUCCCGUUAUGGCGCACCCUCCCCAGACUGACAGUGACAACACUUUUCAGGAAUGGCUGGACGCCGCACUUGAGUCCAGUAAGGGACUCAAGUUAGACUUCAAGAGUAUUGGAUCAGUUGCUCCAUCUCUAAGGAUUUUAAGGAACAAAUCAAACCUUAUAAACCGUCCCGUCUGGUUGAACGCGGAUAUCCUGCGCGGACCAAACACCGUCAAUCCGGGCGUCAACGCGCGGGAAUUCAUCGAUACGGUCAACCGGAUUUUCCCAGAAUGCACUCUUUCAAUUGGAUGGACAACAGGAUUCUACUACGACCGAGAAAACGAGGGCUACACGAGGCAGAUGGUGGAGGAGAUGCACUCCUACUGCGGAGACCUGACACAACCCGUCACGUUCCCCAUCAGAAACUCUUUGCUCAGUUUGCCUGGGACCCUAGAGAACUUGGAAUGGCUGCUGAGUCAGUCAGACAGGUCAGGGAAGUCAAACAUCAUCGGUGCAGACGUUAUACUAGGAAACCAAAACCAACCAAUCAUGGCGAAGCCCACCGACAACGGUUAUGACCUCACGUUUGAAGAGUGGCUUUCCGCCAUCAUGGCGGCUGACCAUGACGUAGCAGUGAAGUUGACCUUUCACACUACAGAAGCUGUCAUACCGCAAUCCUUUAACAAUGAAUCGUACCUAAAAUGGCUGCUAGAACAGUCAGACACCUACACGUUGACACUUUCUGAGGGACAGACAAGCAUUGAUCCUGUUGAUCUAUUAAAAAUUCGGAACGAUUUUGAUUGGAGCAGAGUUUUCUAUGACAUCACAACUGAGAAGGCAACAGAGUUACUGCGGAUGACUGAGACUGGAGGCAGUUUGGUGAAUUUCUUCCAAGCUAGCUACAAAAUCUAUGGACGGGAUGGCCUUUCCAUUACAUGGGCGGACGGUGUUAACUCAAGAGAGGCUAUUGAAGAAGCCAUGGGAGCCUAUCGUGAGGUCACCAUGCUCGAAGCCGACGUUGACAUCCGCUCUGACAACGUCCCUAUCAUGUCUGAUGACGCGUCAGUCGCCGGAAGUGACGUCAUAACUUUGGAAGAGUGGCUGGACGUUGCAAAGAUGAGGCAACAGGGUAUCAUGCUGGAGUUCCAUAGUGUCGGCUCAGUAGUUCCUGCUCUAGAGGUUUUCCAAAGACGAAGCGAAGACCUAAGAAGCCCUGUCAUGUUGAAAGCAAAGAUUCCUGGCCUCUUCAGCAAGGAGACGUUCAUCGACCCUAUUGUCAAUAUGUUUCCUCACGUUUCCAUAGUUUUUGCGAUGAGACCAGUAAGUCCGCUGGAGGGUUACUCUCGUGCCCAGGUUGAGCAGAUAUCCCGGAUGUGUGCCAACCUGACACAGGUCGUGACUUUCAGUGUGGACGUCAGACAAGUCCGUGGAUCAUGGGAUAACCUAAGUUGGUUACUCAACCAGUCUGCACUCUACAACUUGUACAUCUGGGCGGGCUGGCCGGAACAGGAAACGUACAGUGUUGACGUCACAGACUUGGUAUUCGUCAGGAACAACUUCGACCACACUCGGGUCUUCUAUGACCUAAUUCCACGGGUCAUGAAGGAGUUUAAGAAAGCUAUAGAAGAGACUUAACACGAUGGUCAAUGAUAUUGUACUUAUAGAAAAUUACAAAUUUAAUAUGUAGUUGUGAAAGAUAGC